AUGGGUACUGAAAAGGAUCGCACGGACACAGUGGAAGAUUUUGUGCAUUGGGAUAGGGGUGGGCAGAAAUGGGUCCCACCACUCCUCUCAAAUGGUGCCCAUCUCGAUCCUUCUCCUUCGAGCAUUGUUCAGUCUGACCAAAACGUCAUUAAAAUGAUUAAACGAAAUUCUUGGGUUCUCUGUUCAAACCAACUUAAAAGAGUGAUGGUCAACCUAGAGUUUUUGAGAAAUCAAGGUGUCCCUCACACUAAUAUUUGUAAGUAUCUAAUUGACCAGCCUAGAGCAUUUCUGGAAAAUGCCAACAGAUUUAAAGAGAUUGUAGAGAAGCUUCAAGACAUGGGUUUUAAUCAUUUGCAAACCACAUUUCUCAAAGGCAUAGUUGGAUUCACAGCAAUGAGUGAAGCCAAUUGGAAAAAUAAGAUGGAUGUUUACAAGAGAUGGGGUUGGUCUGAGGAUCACAUUCAAACAGCAUUUAGGAAAAAUCCUCAAUGUAUGACAGUCUCUGAGAAGAAAAUUAUGGCGGUUAUGAAUUUUCUUGUGAAUAAAUGGGUUACGAGUCUUUGA